CGUGAAGACGUGCGUCGCGGAUUCGCGAGUGUCCUGGUUGCAGUUGGGGAAAGCGAGAGAAAAUCGAACAGUCGUAUAUCUGUCCAUGAUAAGCAGAGCCCAUCAUGAACGAUCGGCCUGAACUCAUGCUUCCUGCCAUCAACGUUAUUUCUCCUUGACGGGAAUCAAAUUGCUAACGCUCGAAUUUCGAAGUGAUGUCUCACCGCGUGUGGUUUCUGCCAGCAUUGGCCAUCACGCUGCUGCAAGGACAACUUGUGUAUACCCAAUCCCUUGCCAAUAACUCUCCAUGUCCGAUUUCGUGCAGCUGGUCUGGCCUCAGUCCUGCCGCCUGGUCCUAUCAUCAUUCUCUGGAUGAGCUCGAAAUUUGCAACGGAACUGUGCUUAUGGAAGUUAAUAUCUACAACGAUGCCCGCGAUGCACAAAACCAGCUCUACUUUCGAGCCUGCACCAUGACAGGAGGCGAAAACGAGCCCGAUGUAGAGGCUCGGUCAUCACAAUAUAGCGCGGUGGCCCCCGAUGCCAACCCUCGCCAGGAACCAGACUCGCAUCCAAGGCUGGCCCAAAGACAGGCGCUUUCUCUCAAUGACACAGCGCCGUUGGCCGCGGUACUGUACCUUACAGAGAGGAAAGCUGGAGUUGAAGCCGAUGUUUCAGCCGUCCAGUUGGCAGUGAAAGCUAUCGGCAUCUACGUCAAGUCCUCUAAAGCCACUGAUGUCGCCAUGUUCGCCAGAGUCAAGAAUAUCAUCGCCGGGGUGUAUGUGGGCGCCCAAGUUGACGCACUCAGCGCUACCGAUGUGAUCAACAAAUACUACGAUCAACUCUCCCAGACCCCUACGCAAUCACGACUGGCCGUCCAAACCUGUGAGCGAUCUAACUCCACGGCCGCAUCCCAAUACUUUGGCAUCACCUACGGUAUGGUGAAUGACUUCGCCGCUGUUCAGGGAGCUGUUCAGGGAUGGGAUCGAGCGCAGUGUCUCGGAGGGGAUGAAUUCAAGCCCUGGACCGGGGUCAGAGUCAAGCAAAUUUCUGGCACGAAGGUUUCGAUUGCUCCAAAAGACAGCUCGGAAAGUGCUGUAUCGCCAAGAUCUCGCUUGGUGGCCAGAGCUACAUGCUCCUAUACCCAAGUACAAUCCGGCGACGGUUGCUAUGCAGUGGCGCAACGAUGCGGUAUAUCGCAAAGUGACCUCCAAAAAUACAAUGGGGGAGGUUCUUUUUGCUCAACGCUCAAAGUUGGACAGUAUGUUUGUUGCUCUGCUGGAAACCUUCCCGACUUCACCCCACAACAGAAUACAGACGGUAGCUGUUUCUCAUACACGGUCGCUGCAAACGACUAUUGCUCAGCUAUCGCGCAGGCUCACCAGAUGACGGUUCAAGAUAUCAUUGACCGUAACCAUCAGACCUGGGGUUGGGAAGGCUGUGCAACACUAUAUAUUGGCAUGAAGAUAUGCUUAAGUGCAGGAAUCCCGCCGUUCCCAGCCAACGUUCCAAAUGCCAUUUGUGGACCCCAGGCAAACGGAACUCAGCCUAACUCGAAUGUGAAUACAUGGGCUAACCUCAACAUGUGUCCGCUCAAUGCCUGUUGUGAUGUGUUUGGGCAAUGCGGGAUAACCUCCGAGUUCUGCGUCGCAACUCCAGCUGACACCGGAAAUCCAGGAACCCGGCAGCCCGGCACUAACGGAUGUAUAUCGAACUGUGGAACUAACAUCGUUACUUCCGCGAGUCCAGCUACCUUUGAGCGAAUCGGUUACUACGAGGCUUUCAACUUCGACCGACCAUGCGGCCAUGUCUCGGUGAACGCGAUCCCGGAUCGAUAUACCAUUGUUCACUGGGCCUUCGCAAGUAUUUCCAGCACCUUCCGACCCUCCGUCUCUCCGUACGAAGCCGCCUGGGCCUCAUUUAAGCAACAGACUCGAUUCAAGCGCAUUGUAUCUUUCGGCGGUUGGACGUUUUCUACAGCGCCGAGUAGCUACAAUAUUCUCCGUGAGGGAGUCAUGCCUGCGAACAGGCAGAAUUUUGCCAACAACCUCGCUAGCUUUGUGCAAAAUGAAGGGCUCGACGGAGUUGAUAUCGAUUGGGAGUACCCUGGCGCUCCGGAUGACGAGGGAGAAAAUCUUCCGCUUGACUCUCCUUACAGUGCCUUGAACUAUCUCGAGUUUCUUAAGCUUCUCCGAGCAGCGCUCCCGAGCAAGUACUCUAUAUCUAUCGCGCUUCCGGCCUCAUACUAUUAUCUGAAAGCUUUUCCCGCCCGCGAGAUAGCGUCACUGAUCGAUUAUUUUAUUUACAUGACCUAUGAUCUGCAUGGGCAAUGGGACUACGGCAAUCAGUUCACGAAUCCUGGAUGUCCUACCGGAAAUUGUCUUCGCUCUCAAGUGAACUUUACAGAGACGGUCUCUGCGCUUUCGAUGAUUACUAAAGCAGGGGUGCCAGGUUACAAGAUCAUGCUUGGUCAGCCUCUGUACGGAAGGAGCUUCCAGAUGAGCCAGGCGGGCUGCUACACUGAGCAGUGUACAUACACUGGUCGUGCGAGUGGAGCAACCGCUGGCAAAUGUACUGGUACCCCCGGCUACCUUUCCAAUACGGAGAUUUAUGAAAUCAUCAACAACGGUCAGCACAAAGUACAGCAAUAUACGUCUCCAAUCGCUGGUGAUAUCCUUGUCUACGACGAUACGCAAUGGGUGUCAUGGAUGUCAGGUCCAACGUAUGAUGGGCGGAGCAAUUUUGCGAAAGCACUCGGGCUUGGAGGAACAUCGGACUGGGCCAUUGAUCUCAACAUCACCGACCCCAAUGCGGAUAGUGCCGGCGGAAGCACUGGAGGAAACAACGGCGGUACUUCCGGAGGGAAUGGGAACACUGGAACCGGCAGUGGUGUGGUCUCAGUCGAUCCGGCAGUAUAUCAAAACCCCAGCCCGAUUAUCAGCUGCUUGGCACCCUGUACGCUCGUCAUGCCGCCGUGGACGUUACCAUACACGACGACGAUCCAGCCCACGCCCGUCACGACAACGAUCACUAAUGUCUGGCCUUUUGUGUCAACUUUGAGUGGCAUGGUGACAACGACUGUAUACGUCUCGAACGUAAAAGAAACCGUCAUUUCUAUCCCACCGAUCACAACAACUCAGAUACCUCUCUAUAACAUCCCGUGGACGCAGACAGCGGAUUCGAUCAUUCCUCUGAGAAGCAGCAUUCCGAUCCCUCCAGUGACGCUUUCGCAAGAAUCCACGGUCAUCACGACCAGCGGCACCACCACAACACUUCGAGGCAUUUACUACACUUACGAGUUCGGACCAUAUCCUUCUGUACCGACUCUGCAGCCCGGACAAACCACAACCACAGUCGCAGCUAUACUAUUUCCAACAGGAUGUCCUGCCUGUGUGCCAGUCGUCACGAUUCGGCCUGGUCCCCCGCCACCUCAAUGCGUUGUUGGCUGCGGCACAAGAUGCCAAGUCAAUUGCGACCCAACACCAGUGCCCCAAGGGUCCACCACACAAGAGAACAAGCCGAAUGGCUGUGUGGGAGCUGGUUGUUCUGGAGGUGGAGGUUGCGUCGGCGUCUGCGGUGGGACCGUGAACGGGGGUCGUGGCGGUGGUGGAGGUGGAGGUGGACCGCCUGGUGGCAACCCCGACCCACAGAACGAGCCGAGUUCUUGCUCCCCGAGCUCCACCGUGACGGACUGUUCAGUCGAUUGCAAUGUCGGUCCAGAUUCUAACGGCGAUGCCACCACUUCCUGCUAUAGUACGACGUGCUCGCAAAGAGUCGGUUGCCGGGCCACAGGUACAACCACCACCGAUGAAACAACCACUGCAUGUCCUGUGGAGCUACCCGAAACGGAGACAGCCUGGCCCGGUGGUCGCAUUCCAAGGCUAGGAGACGGCGGCGAUUUCGGGACCAUCGUCGCCCUUGGCUAUCUGCAACCUCAACAAAUGCCGAUGGCGACCAGUAGCCCCACUGCCUGUCAGCCACGCAGCCCACCCGCAUCAGACGUGUUCUAUCUAUUCCACGAGACCUAUCGCAGCUGUUCCGGUGGGUUCUGUGGCGACACAGAAAUGCAAGCUGGCAUCGUGGCUGGUUCGAAUUGGAACUGCGACGCCUUGGCGGCAGUCAACUUCGACAACACCGACCUCAGCAAUUACCCACAGGCUCUCGGCUCUCCGGAACCGGGCACGUUCAAAUACAUGCCGGCGACCUAUGUGUUGCAGGACACCCAGCACGUCUGCGGCACCAACACCCUGACAUUCACCGCACAAUGCGACAGUACAUAUUUCGUCACCAGCGAGGGUCAGGGCGGUACGGCGGUGUGCGCUUCCAGUCCGGAUAUCUUGCCAGCUGCCAUCUCGGGAUGUAACGCAGAUGGAAAAAUCGCGAGCUUUACAGCGGAUUGGCGCUGCCAGGGGAACAUUUGUUGAGCGGGGAGCCCAGGUCGGUCCCGUCGGCUCUUUGUCCUUGAAGCAAUUCCCUUUGCGUUCGCUUGUGAUUAUUUGUCGCGAAGAGUCGUCUACAACCCCGCCAGAUUUAUCUGUGAGCACGGCGUAUUGAGGGCGUGCGUCAUGUGAUUGAAAACCACUCACUUCCCGUGCUCACUGAUCAUGGCUGCCCGGGAAUUUCACGCCCAUCUUGU